AUGGCAACAGCGGAUGUCGACAGGAUGAGUCCGACUCAUCAUCUGAGUCUGCCUUCAGAACCAAAUAUCUCAACAUCAGAAGCGGACAGCAACGCAGACUCGUCUCCCUCUGAAACCAGGACCCCGUCUACCUCAUUAUCCUCCGAUGCGCCGAAAAUCGACCAACCUGAACAGCAAGAUGAACCUGGAAAGCCAGAUCAGCCUGUGAAAGCAGAACAUGAGCCCCAAAAUUCGGAAUCGGAUAAAAAGGACAAAGGAGUACCUCAAAUCACCGAUUUAAAUGUGGAUACAUGGGACAUUGAUUACUGGUAUGAAUCCAGCGGGCGCAGGGAUCCACGUAGUAUACAAGAGCAAAUUCAAGAUGUUCCCGCGCGGCUUUUCCACGAAGCGAUGCUCCAACGACUCUUUCACAGUCGUCUCGAGGUACUUGAGGCCGCAAUUCUUGGACCGCAGAAAGUGGAAAAUGCGAAUGCCAAUAAAACCAAGGUUCCCGAUAGCGAGGCUACGACCAAAUGGCUCAGCUGGCAAGAAUACUCCCUUAUGUACGAAGUACCUGAGACGCUAGGCGAGUGGAAGCACGUCCCGGAAGUCGACAAUAGCCCACAGAGUAUCAUUGAGGCUCUAAUUGAGGAACCUCUAUCACUCAGAGCAGUGCGAUCACUGGCAGUAAUGACAAAGCAGCUCCCCGCUGGGAACAAAGUGAAUACUGAUGGCAAAGAGGGCAACGUUCCUAUAUAUCAGAUUCGACUUCGUUCCCCGAUUCUUUUGAAGGUCUUGAAUGAAGUCACAGACCAACUCCCGCACCGCGGCCCGCACGAACAUAAAGUCAGCUUCAUGAGGCCCUUCAAGCUGUUGACUCUGUAUUCGAAGGAGUUGGUGGAAUAUCAAAAGAAACUUGAAGAGAUUCAUGGUAACAGCACGGCUGAGAGUGAAGAGCCUUCAACAGAAAUUGGUCCAUUGAAAGAAACGGAGAGUCCAAAGGCUCUUGAACAUUUACGGUUACUCAAUGAAUUCAUGGCAAAUCAUAUGGGCCGUGUGUUGAAGUUAAGGGAGGAUGUUGAGAAUGGUACGGCUAGGAAAAUAGCAUUCUGUGAUCUUUGGCAUCUUUUCCGACCAGGCACCACUGUGCGCACUCCCACUUCAAAACGGAUCCAACUAUACCGGGUGAUUCGCGUAACGGGAGGCAGACCGAUUUACACCUUCUCUGGCGACCCUCCAGCCAACUCUGCUGGGUUCAAAUUGAAGGAACAAGGAUACUCCCCGGGAAGUUUCAUAGUGGAGUGCUUCUACAUCGAUUUCGACGGAGUUCAAUAUGGCCCCGUCAACCGUACAUUCCAGAUCCGGAAGUAUGAGGGAGAGCGAGAAUUGACAGCUCUCCCCGUAUAUCCACUGCAAUGCGAUCCGAACCCAGAAGGCAUUCGCGAAGCGAUGGUCGCUCGAGGUGAAAACUUUGCGGUUUUGUCGAACCCACAAAAGACAGCACACAAACAAUAUCGUGGAUUGACCUUGGAUAAACAUCCAGAACAAGUCGAAUCUCAGGUAAUCAUCGAUUUUCAGCUGGCGUUUCUAGAGAUGUCCGACAACAAACCGCAGAUUGGACUGGAUAGCCUAGCCGAUCAUGAUCUCCGAGAGACAAAUUUGGGUCAUUUCCGCUGUGAUCGAUGCACCUCAGAAGGAUGCUGUGGAAACGACUAUAUCGUUGCGGACUCUGGUAUUGAUGAAAAAGAAGAACAGGAAUUCAAAAACAUGCAUGGGAGAUUAAUUGACUCAACUGGAUUUGCGGAAGACUUGAAUCAAGAUCAGAAGGCCCUACUUCCCUUCAAGGUCUAUGGAUUUGUUCUUCGUUCUCGAAAAUGGGCGACAUUUGAUAUCGAGAGCAUUAGUGACGUUCAAUAUACCGAUGGGUGGCAGAAUUUGGUCAUCAACGAGAGUAUCAAAGAAACCGUCUUGGCCAUGGUUGAAAAUCAUGAGAGUGUCCCGAACAAGAAUGAUGGGCGGGGACGAUCUCUGCCCUCUGUCGACCUUAUCCAGGGUAAAGGCAAGGGCCUGAUUAUUCUGCUACACGGCGAACCAGGAGUUGGCAAGACUAGUACAGCUGAAUGUGUUGCCGAUCAUACCAAACGGCCUCUUUUCCCAGUCACAUGUGGUGACAUAGGAGACAACGCUGAGUUCGUGGAGAAGAACUUGGAGAGAAACUUCCAGCUUGCUCACAAAUGGGGAUGCGUUCUUCUACUUGACGAAGCUGAUGUUUUCCUCAAGCGACGCAAUGAUACCGAUCUCGCUCGCAAUGCUAUUGUUUCAGUCUUUCUUCGAACCUUGGAGUACUACAGUGGUAUCCUUUUCCUGACCACAAAUCGCGUCGGCCAAAUUGACCGGGCAUUCAAGUCCCGAAUUCAUGUCAGUUUGUAUUAUCCAAAGCUGGACAAGAAAACAUCCAUCCAGAUUUGGAAGAACAACAUUGGACGGAUCAGGAAAGAAUUUGAGUCACAAUAUCCAGACUCCGAGAUCCGGGACAAAGAAAUCAUCAAGUUCGCAAAAGAGCACUUCAAAGACAUCAAGAGCAAGAACUUACUCAACUGGAAUGGAAGGCAAAUUCGCAACGCAUUCCAAACAGCCGUUGCUCUUGCUGCUUUCGACGCUAAGAAGAACAAACGACCAAAUGAUCUGAUCCUCGGUAAAGAACAGUUCAUCCGAGUCGCUGCCGCCGCCGAGGAAUUCGACAAAUACCUCCUCUCGCUCAGCCAGGGAAAGAAUGAUUCACAGCUUGCCGAAGAGCAUCGUUGGCGCGUCGAUAACUUCCAGAAUCAACCGGUGGUUAUGCCCAUGGUAGCCAAACAGGAUCCAGGUCGCUCAGCCUAUGCAUUUGGGCAAUCGAGUCGUUCUUCUAAAGGCCGAGGGUCUGAGAGAGGAGUGUUAAGGGAAGCCGAGUCUUCCGACAGUGAUUCGGAUUCGAGUACAUCAUCGGAUAAGGAUGAGUAUAGUGAGCCACGCGCUGAAAGCGAGGAGGACUCUGAUUCUCAGUCGAGUUCGGCUUCAUCAGAGGAGGAUAGAAAGAAGAAGAGCAAAGGAAAGUCUACUUCGAAGACAAAGGAUGGAAAGAAGAGAUCUAGCCAUAAGCGAUCGAAAUGA